AGUUCACAGGCUGGUACCGUGGCGCGCGGUUGGCUGGCGUUCGUGCGCGUCUCCUUGUCGAGCGAAAAGCCGGUUGAAAUUUCGAUCGUUUAGAAAAGUGACGAGAGAAAAGAGGUUCUCGCGAAUUAGAAUACGAUCGUUCUCAUUGAGUGGUACUUUCGACGUCUUUGAUCAUCCGCGCAAUCUCUUUCGUCGCGCGGGAGAAACCAAGUUUUUUUUUUUUUCGACAUCGACGAAAUUUUUUUCAUCGAUGAAUAGUGUGACGUUUGCUUCAAAUCGUGACGCAACUUUUGGAGUGUCGUGAACGACGAACAGACUGAAGCGCGGAUAAACAGAUUGAAAAGAAGCGAGGCGCGAAUGCUUGUCAAUCAUCGACUCGUCGCGGAGAGAGAGUUAUCGGCUCCGGUUAUAUAGAAGGGCGUAAUCGAGGAGGUCGUAAAGUGAGUGAGUGACAGUGGCGGAAGUGUGUGAUCGCCAGGACGGUGGAUAGGAGGGAAGUUCUUAACGACGCGAGUGUAUAUAACGAGAGAAAGAGAAGGAUUGUCGUUUCUCGAGACGACGCGUCGCGACGCUCAUCAAAAUCGUCGAGGCAUCUCGCCGUCGUCUAUACUUCCAAGUGAUGUUUUGAAGCGGUACCACGCGGAAAGAUGAAGACUGCGGUCGGUUCACUCCUUCUUCUCCACCUUCUCAUCAGCGGUGUCGUCUCAGUCGAAUGGAAGCACAGCGCUGUUCUGGACAACAAUUUCUUGGUGCUAUGGACGCCCGGCGAGAGGGACGUCACAUUCGAGAUCCAAGUGAAGACCCUCGGUUACGUCGGACUCGGUUUCACGAAGGACGACGGUCGCGUCGGGGCUGACAUGGUCAUCGGUUGGGUCGAUAACAACGGCCAGGUCCACCUUCAGGAUCGGCACGUGAAGGACACCAGCAGGGAUCCGCAGAUGGAUUCGAGUCAGGAUUACCGGCUGUUACUGGGUUACGAGAACAAGACGCACACGGUGCUCCGUUUCAGCAGGCGAUACGACACAUGCGACCCGCGGGACUUGAAGAUCACGAACGACACGAUGCAAGUGGUUUGGCAAUAUCACGUCGAGGAGCCGGUAUCAGCGGCCGGGGUCUUGCCCGAUCAUGGCGCGGUACGAGGCUCGAGGCCAUUGUAUCUAGUGCAGAGGGACACGCAGCCCAGACGAAGCUCGCGUAAUCAGGACGCGGAGCCACCCUUGAAGAUCUGGGACAUUUUGAACAAACAGGUUCGUUUACCCAUGGGGCAAGACAUGCUGCUCUGGUGCCGUGUCCUGAGGAUGCCGAGCAUUAAUCACAAACACCACGUCGUGAAGUAUGAACCAGUUAUUCAGCCGGGAAGCCACGAAUACCUGCACCACAUGACCCUGUACGAGUGCCGUGGAGAUCAAGCCGAAUUGGAAUCCGCGGCCGAAACGACCGGGAGUGUCUGUUAUGCUCCUGAACCCGCAUUCCAGUGCAACACGAUCGCAGCCACUUGGAGUCUCGGUUCUGAGGGGCUUAAUUAUCCACCGGAGGCCGGAUACGCGCUCAAUCCGCACACGGGGCCUCGCUACUACAUGCUGGAGACCCACUACAUGAACCCGCAGUUGGACGCCUUCAUCAGCGACAGCAGCGGUCUGCGUCUUCUCUAUACAGAUCGGUUGCGCGGUCACGACGCUGGCAUCCUCAGCGUCGGCAUCGACCCGAACUGGCGGCACAUAACCCCGGGCCAGCCCGAGGUGAUCUCCGAAGGCCACUGCAUCGCCGAUUGCACCGCCCAAACGAUACCGAACAGCGGCAUCAACAUGUUCGCCGUGAUCAUGCACACCCACCAACUCGGCAGAAAGGUUCGCCUGCGGCAAAUCCGCAGCGGCGAGGAACUACCGCCGAUUGCCGCCGAUACCAACUACGAUCCGAAUUAUCAGGAGUAUCGGAGGCUCCAGAGACCGAUCAAGGUGUACCCGGGUGAUCACUUGGUCGCCGAAUGCACAUACUCGUCGGAAUCGCGGGCGGCCAUCACUCUCGGCGGCUUGACAACGAGAGAAGAGACCUGUCUGGUGUCCGCUCUCUAUUAUCCUCGCAUUGAGUUAUCUCUUUGCUAUUCUUUACCCUCGUUACCGACAGUACUGCAUAGCUUAGGAAUCCAGAAAUUAAUACAGGGUUCUAGCCCGGUAAUGAUCCAGGAGCCUCAGAAGCUGGCCGGCAUGACGUUGGAGGAGCGACUAGUUACUUACGACUGGGUGUCGAACUUCCAGAGUUUCCAGGAAGCCACUCGCAGUGGCACGUUUAAGCCGCUAUGCGGCGGCAGCAAGGGAGCCUUGCCCAAUACAGAAAACCUCGAGGUUCAUUAUCCGCGUAUCCUCAGGCCUUACGAGGAAGCGAGCGUGCCCUGCGCGAAGAAGCCGCUACGAAACAAACUGUCGAUGCUGCUAAGUGAGGACGAUGACAUCGGCGCGCCUGUCGAUCCCGAUAGCGACGAGUCGAACGCGGUCGAGCGAGGUCAGCUGGUCCGUAGCAAAGUGUCACGCAGCAGCGAUGCCGGCCCCACGGCCGGAAGUUCCUGUGGACGCACUGUUUCGGUGGCGGUGAUCCUGGCUGCUAUCACCGUGGUUGUUGGCGCCGCGUUCAGGUGAACAUCGCCGCCGGUCGAUCGGUUGUUCGAGUUCACUCGAAUCCAGGAUCGUCCUGAUGAUCAGUGAUCUGUCAUCGCGAUCGGAGUCGCAGCGGAGUGCGUAAGUACAUUGCCAAUCUCAGCGACGUGUAACUUAGACAUUAGAUAGGUGUUAUCGUUCGGGAUUCGUCGUGAGACUCGAUCGAUGGUUUUCUUUUUUAUUUUUUCCCUUUUUUUUCGGGCGCGGUGAAAUGAUUUCUCCGGCUGGCGGAAUCUUCGCGCGAUGGAAACUGAUUGAGAUUUGCAUGAUGUGUUUAUUUUGAAAGCGUGUAAGUUUAUAUAUUGUUGAAAACUUUGCUGACGAUAUCGCGUCAAUUUACAUUUUUGCGCGUUAGUGAUCGUAAUUUUUCAAGAUUAAAGUUACGUAACUUUCAAAGCAAACACACACGCGAAGAUUUCGUUAACCUUCAAUCGAGAAUGUUGAAUUUCCGCGAGUGGGAAAGGACAAUUGCAAUCACCAUUUCGGUGUAAAUGAAACUUAUAUACAAACAUAUAUCAUAGAAGAUGUAGUGGAAAUUACCGGAUCCACAUUAUCUCGACAUAUAGGUGUUGAAGUAAAAUUAUGGUAAUUUUGUAUGGUGGCGUCAUCAAAAAUAUCUCGUUCACCAUACACGGUGCUCGGUUUUACCAGCCAGAAACGUUAACUCUUUCUUUCUUCGGUAUGAUUAUGUGUCGAGGAGAAAAUGUUUAAAAUAAGAAAUAAAUCUAAUCUGUGUGUAAUAAUUAAAAAUAUUUCACUUUCCGCUCGGAACAGUUAAUUUGAUCGAAUCGGAUAUUUCUCUACAGAGAUUUGUGAUAUUUCAAGAUUUGACUUAAACUAAAAAGACUGCAUCGUCAUAUUUUUCCCAUAUGUCAAAUAAUUCUAUAAAAUUCGUAGAUAUUUUUAAGAGACCAGAAGAGAGAGUAUUUUUGCAUAUUUAGAAAGGAUUCUUUCCUGCAUUUUUCUUUUUGCAAGUCUCUUCGAAUCUUUAAUUUCCCUCUGUAAUAUAUUUUUGAAUACGACGCGAGAUCCUUUGGAACCAAGUCAAUCAAAUAUUCAUCUCGUCGGAAAAUCGCUCGAGAGAGGAACGAGAGAGUUAAUGACGCUGUGCUGGACGGAAACGGAUGUGGAUGCGCGGCGCGUUAAUUUUGCCCACGGUGAAACCGAGCGCGGGAGAUCGGAUCUAUCGCGCGUCCCCGUUUCGCGAUCGGCUUUUCUCUUUCGCGAUUUCCGCUCGCGCGGCGUAUAUACUGCCGCGUUAUACAAUGGAGGAUUUUUGCGAUACACGCCACGGUAUUUCGAAAUACCCGAAGUAUAAAACGCGGAAAAUACAUACAUAUAUACCGAUCCUAUACCGAUCGAUGCGAAAUACCCAUAAAUUGCCGCGUGGAAAUUUUCUCACCUGAAACUCUCAUUAUUAUUUAUAUUCGGGACAUUUGCCUACACCGCCACCGUAUUUCGAAAUGCACGCGCUAUCGCAGAGAAUCUGUAAUAUCCCCCGUACUCCGGCAGCACGAUCGUAACACAGGAUAUCUCUCGGAUACGAGCGCCGCGUCUCUCUCUCGGCUGUGUCAUACGUUGGAUUCAAAAGUGUAAGUUGCACCUCGACGAAAAAGAAUAUACGCGCCGGAUAAUAAUGGAUAAUACGUAACGCGUGGGAAUUUUUUUCCAUUCUCUCUAUGUAAAAGAGUGCAUUCGCCGUAUCAAUAAUCAAAAGUUCAAAAAAAUUUGUCAAAAAAAGUUGUAGAAGAAUCUCUCUUUCACACGAAUCGUUCUUUUAUGCGAAAUUUUUUUUUUAAAUAUUAAUUUUUGCAAAAAAGAAAUAAAUCAUUAUAUACAUAUAGAAUCUAUAUUACAUGCUUUUUAUACAAGUUGUAAUUUUAAUCAUGAAUUGUUAAGGACCAUUGCCAUUUAUUUUUGGCAUUUUUUUAUAUUUUGCAUUUGUAUAUAAUUAUUGUGUUAAAUAUUAAUCUGUAGAAUUCUUAAUACGUCAUGUCAGAGAGAGAAUUGAUAACGAUCUCGUUCUAUACGAAUGCAGUUGAAUACAAAAAGAGACAUAACUAUAUUUAUACUUAAGUUAAUUAGUUCGUCCAGUGAUCACACUGCCUGAUAAAACUGCCAUUCAUUGUCGUCAUCUAGCGUGAGUUACAUUCCAUAAUUAUCGAUUUCGAGAUCACUGCCUCCAUACCGCGACCAUACGAUAAUGCCUGUGAAACUCCUUUUAUAUAAACCGCAUUAUUAAAUCUAUAUCUGUCUCGAUGGUUGAAAGAGGAAUAUUUAAUAACGAAAUUGCAUUGAAAAUCCUAUUUGUCUUUGUAUUAUACGAGAUUUGCCGGCCGAACGAGAGAUAUCUUUGCAAAUUUUCGCGGUUCUGUCGACAGAGCGGAAUUAUUUCAAAUGCUUCUUUCGAUGUACUCGCGAGAGUUUUUAAUUGUUGGCUGUUUAUUUGCUGAUCCGGGAACUGGACGAGGUAGCGUUGCAAUUCUCGCGAAAGAACCGCUUUCGCGGAUUCUAUUUUUCAGGGUACGACGCGGAGCCGAAGUUUUCAGCGCGCUAUUUCCCGAUUUAAUUUAAACACACCACAAAUUCAUUCGGAAUACGACGACAAAAAAUCGAAGCUCUCCCAUGGGAGGAAAAUGUAGAAUCAAAUCUCGAGCAAAGGAGAAUAAGUAAACAAAACAAAAUGAAUAUUUUUCAUGGCAACAUUUUAAUUUAAAAUCUCAUUAAUUCUC